AGAGAGAGAGAGAGAGGGGCAGCAAGACAGAGAAGGAGAGAGAGAGACUACGUAGUGUACACACAGGCUCUGUAGGAAACAGCCUGAGAGCGCGAGCGAGGAAAAAAAGAAAAGAGCAGAAAAAAAAGGAAGACUCUGGAGGGGGAUCCGUUACAUUUCCGAAAAUUGACGAAGCAUCAGGAAGGAAAGAAAUGCACUGGAUAACCCCCUCGAUCUGAUAAACAUUAGUUCUCCUAAUGCCACGUGCACAUACGAAAGUAUGGAAACAAAGGACUGAAAGAGUGCAACAUACUUCUGGCUUGGACAUGAGGACGAACAUUCGAGAAUGUUGUCUUUUUUACUUCUGAAAUAAAGAGAUGAUGUUGCUUGCUUCGAAAAAAGGGACAUGCUACUGCUUGUAAGUAAUGACUCAUAAAUCCUUUGCGUUAUAAAGCGAACAGAUUGCUUCUCUGAACUGCCAUGAGUGCAGCACUCAGCUCAGACUUAUUUUAACUGAGCUGGACAGAAUGCUGACGUUCUUGAAGAUCUUAUCCAAGUCUGCAGCAGCCAACCAAAUCGUCUUUUAAGGAUCUCCUGCCAUCAUUUAAAUGCCACAACUAGAAGACAACAUAGACUCUCAAGAUUAGGUACCACGGAAGUGAGAAUACCUUUUCGAGCAUGGGGCAGAACCUACAACUGUCUACUGGCUACUGGACUCCUGAAAGCUCCCCGUGGUGAGAGCUAACACACUUAAAACUAGAGUAGCUGUCAUAAUCAAUGCACUGUAUCAUAAGGAAACGCGACCUACUGACACGCAAUUUGUCGGUGCUGGAACUACUGGGAUAUUUGGAGUAAACUCUGACAUUUGAUUUAGAGUCGGCUUCAGAUACCAUCUUACCAUCCCGUCUAAACCACUGUGUUCUUAAUGUGUGGGCAUCUACCCCUUUAGCACUCUGGCUGCUCUGCAAAGCUCCAGCAGCAUCCUGACGGCACAAUGCUGUGUGCUCAGGGUGUGGCCGCCCAUCUGAUGCUGAGCUCGGUGCUGUUGCACUUGGCCAAGUCUAGUCUACCUGCUGGCUGCCUUAAAGUCUCAGACAUCCUAAGCUGCAGCAAUCUCGGACUCAAGUUUUUACCGAAAGAGUUACCGACACCAGCCGCCACCUUGGAUUUCAACCACAACCAUCUGACUAAGCUUGAGGAAGGCAGCUUCGCUGGACUUCCAAAUCUCAUUAUCCUGCGCCUGGCUCACAAUCAUCUGAGCAACCUCUACCCUGGAACCUUCCGUAAUGCGAGUAGUCUGCACCACCUUGACCUUUCGUCAAAUCAGCUGAACAAGGUGGAUAACCAUUACUUCCAGGAGCUUGUGGGAAUCAAGGAAUUGCUGCUUUUCAAUAAUCACAUUGUCCGAGUGGAAAGCAAAGCAUUAAUCAGCCUGAGCAACCUGCACAAGGUCUACCUCAGCCAUAAUCGUCUGACCGACUUCCCGUUCUUCUCCAUUCAGAAGCACAGCCAUCCUUUUCUUGUGACACUGGACCUAAGCUCGAACCGUAUGUCCAAGCUACCUGUUGAGGACAUUGCAGCUCUGCCGGCAUCAGUUCAAGGUGGACUAUAUUUGCACAAUAACAGUCUUAUCUGCGAAUGUGCAAUGUAUAGCAUGUUCAAACAAUGGGAACAAAAAAACUUCAUCUCAGUCAGGGAUUACCAAAUGGAGCAUACAUGCUUAAUAUAUGGGGAGCCUCGUGCCUCAGUGCAGUUUCUCGAACACACUCGCUUCUUUGAAAACUGUACUGUAAAGGGACAAAACCUGCUUGUUUCUGAAACAGAUAAUAAUUUGAAGGUGGACAUAGGCGACACUGUGUUGCUGGAAUGUAAGACUUCACUGAAGGGGCAACAGCUCACAUACCAGUGGGUAUCCCCUCUCAAGGAAUAUAUUGUCCCACCAGGAAACAAUGAUGCGAUGCGAAUGUAUGCAAAUGGCAGCCUGGAGAUUACUGCAGUGCGAGCGGAGGACUCUGGGGUGUAUUGGUGCAUGGCAUUGGACCGCUAUAAUUUACGGAAUGAGACAUGGGAGGUAAACAUAACGGUGACGAUGCAUUCCCAUGAGCCUGAGCACUUCAACACGGGCUUUACCACUCUGCUGGGAUGUGCAGUUAGCCUUGUACUGGUUCUUAUAUACCUUUAUCUGACACCCUGCCGCUGCUGGUGCCGCAAGCAGCCUUUACCCGCAACACCCAGUCCCGCAAACGAAUGCAGUGCCCAGUCUUCGAUCCUGACACCUACGCCACCUGCCACCACGGAAGGACCCGGCCGCAAGGUCAGUAACAACAAGCAUGUGGUCUUUCUGGAGCCCAUCAAGGAGGUUCAAAACGGGAGGCCCAGCGAGGCACUGAUCUCCGAGAAUCCAAAGGUGCAUGUACUACGAAACAAUGCUGACUCUUUCAACUCAGUCUUUUCAGACACCACUAUCGUGGCAUAGCAUUAGGUUGCCAUCAUUACCAAUCCUUCAUUCCACUAAAAUAGUGGGUCUUUCAAUGUGGCAGUCCUGCAACUUCUGCUGCCUCUCAGGACAGAGCAGGGAGAGGACUUCACAAGCCAAAUGGCAAAGCAGGGAAAAUAGCAAAGCAGGGAAAGCGUAGGAGCAACAAAAAUAUAGCAGAGGAGAGGUAAGAAAAACAGAUGUAGCCAAACACUGCCCUGAUCAUGUACAUCAAGCUUUAAAAGGAAAAGAGCACAGUGGUACAGUACAGGGAAAGGUAUGCAUGAUGCUUUGGAUGCCCUUUAACCCUGCUUGAGCCUUGAAAGAAUGACUGCUGUACAGUAGAUGCCUUGUUUAGAGCUUAUAUGCCUCUGCUUUUGGACUGUAACUCAAUAUUCGACAAAGAAAUAGCACAAGCAUUAUAGAGGAUGGAAUGUGGUAGUAGUUAAUUUUUUUCAAGAAGUUUAACAUUUUAUCCAUAUCUGAUUUUCUACAUACAGUAUAUGUGCCCUUUAUAGGAAUUUUGGCAUAUUGUGAGAAUGUGGAAAAAGGCUGAGAGGAAUCAUUUACAUCUUGUAAAUGUUUUUGGUCGACCUGUUUUCCAAGUUUGUAACAGAUGUGCAGUUACUGUAUGUAGCCAGUACUUCUGGAUCUGAAUGGAAAAAAACCCACAGAUGAUUACAGUGGAUUAAAGCAAGCUAACUGUGUAUUGGAAUACACUCCCUGACAUUCCACCACCCUUCCCCAUCCCCACUUCCCUCACCCCUUAAACCAAUGCCUUUGUUAUCGGUCUCUUAAUAAACCAUUGUGCUUCGACUCCAGA